GCUCAGAUUAGGGUAAAAUCCCCAAACCCUAACUUCUUUCUACACAUACCUUCUGUAUCUCUCUUCCCCAAUAGCUGACGGCGCGUGGGAUCAAUUGAUGGCGCGUGUGGGUCACGCCUAGGCCGAUUCAUGGUGCCUGGUCCAUCACCUGCAUUGAGAAUCCCUAGCCGGAGCUCAGCUGGAACCCUACCCGAGGACGAAGCUUCGAAAACCGUACAGCUAUGGCGUCCGCCGUCUUAGCGAACCGGAACGAACCCAAUUGGCCGCAGCAGCCCCGAGGUGGAGGAGCCGGAGCCGGAGGAUUCAUGGGGAAGGUCCCCUUUUCUUCUUCAAACAGUAACCGUAACCCUAACCCUAACAAGCGACAAUUCAAAGCUGACCGGCCCGAUUUCAACGAUGAGUCGCCGGCCGUCACCCAGACAGCCUCAGACGACGCGUCUUCGAUCAACCACCAUCGCCGAUCAAACACAAACGACAUGAAUUUCGUACAGGCCCAAUACGUCAGCUUCAACAUCGCGAGCUGUUCGAGAAAGGAGCUGGUGGAGCUAAAGGGCCGUCUUCUCUCGGAGCUAGACCAGAUUCGCAUUCUCAAGAAUCGAAUCGAAGCCGGCGACUUCAACCCUAAGCCGCCCCACAAGAAGCCCAUCGGCAACAAGAAGAUUGCUGGGUCGAAACGACCUUUGCCGAUUGCUCACGGAAAGGAAUCAAAUUCCAAUUCCAAGCGGUCUCAUUUGGAGAAUGGGAAUUUGAUGAAGAAUUGUGGCUUGAUUUUGUCCAAGCUGAUGAAGCACAAGCACGCAUGGAUCUUCAACAAGCCAGUCGACGUUGUGACUAUGGGGCUUCACGAUUACUACGACAUAAUCAAGAAUCCCAUGGAUCUUGGCACCGUGAAGACGAAUCUCGCCAAGGGUAUCUAUUCUUCGCCGUUCGAUUUCGCUGCAGAUGUGAGAUUGACUUUUGAGAAUGCUAUGCGGUACAAUCCCCAAGGACACGAGGUCUAUGGGUUUGCCGAUCUGCUUCGAUUGAGGUUUGAGGAGUUGUUUCAGCCUCUGAACGAGAAAUCGGGAGAUGGGUUUCGGUCGGAAAAGGGUUCUGACGAGGAGUUGCAGGCGAGUUCUUGGAACCAUGUUGAGCCGGAGAGGGUUCCAAAGAGGGAGACACCUGUACGGAUCGAGAAAAAGCCUGAGCUUGUUCGGCCUCCCCCAGUUCGAGCGCCGCCGGUUCAGGCCCCAGUGAGCUCAUCGAACCCAGACCCAUCAUUGGUGCAAUCGUCACCGGUACGGAAGAAUUCACAGGUAAAGGGCCCAGGUGUGAAGCCGUUGAAGCAGCCUAAGCCCAAGGCUAAGGACCCAAAUAAGAGGGAGAUGAGUAUGGAGGAGAAGCACAAGUUGGGAGUUGGGUUGCAGAGUUUGCCUCAGGACAAGAUGGAGCAGGUUGUGCAGAUUAUAAAGAAGAGGAAUGGGCAUUUGAAGCAGGAUGGGGAUGAGAUUGAGCUUGACAUUGAGGCGGUUGAUACAGAGACCCUUUGGGAGCUUGAUCGGCUUGUGACCAAUUGGAAGAAGAUGGUUAGCAAGAUUAAGCGGCAAGCAUUGAUGGGCAACAACAGCAACAGCAAUAGCAACAUUGCUUCCAACAGAGGCCACGAGGAAUUACCUGCAAGUGAGAAAGUUGAUGUUGCAGCAACUACAGAGCCAAAGAGGGCAAAGAAAGGUGAAGCAGGAGACGAAGAUGUGGACAUUGGUGAUGACAUGCCAAUGAGCAGCUUUCCACCAGUUGAGAUUGAGAAAGAUGUUGGGGGAGGCCAUGCCAGUAGUGAUAGCUCAAGUAGCUCCAGCAGUUCCAGCAGUGGUUCCUCCUCAUCAAGCGAUUCAGAUUCUGGUAGUUCAUCAGGGAGUGACUCAGAUGAUGAUAAUGCUCAGUCCUAGGUGCGUUCUGCAUUGAAUUGAAGGACAUUGGAGAGAAGACCAAUGUGGGGGAAGCUGGCUGGAGAGCAUGCUUUCCAUGUGGGAAGGGCCUUUUGAAUGGGAGUGGAUCGUGUUGAUGAGGUCUCAGAACUGCGCAAAAGUAAAUUUGUGAACUUUGUUGCGUGGUGGUUCUUGCUUGCAAAUUGGAAGUGAGCAUUGGUUGUUUUGCUUGGAGGUGUAAAAAAAAAUUGUGAAAUGAUGAAAAAAUUGUUGUAGGUGAGUAGGUAGUGAAACAGAGUUAGUGGAAAGAAGAAGAGAGUUAGUGAGAGAAGCUUAGAGAUUUGAAACACUUUGUACACAAUUUACAGAGAGAGCUAGUACAUAAUUUUCCCCAAUUACUGAUGCUCUUGUGCCGUUGUUGUCUUUUUCUAUUUGUCCGACAUCUUUUGCUUGAUCAAUGAAUGAAGCAUAUAAGAGGCAAGGGACCUUUUUGGUGAAUA